AUGGGUAACGUGGUCUCAUGUACGGUGGAAGGAGGUAUAGACCUGAGUGCUAUACGUCAACAACAAAUAACUCAGUCAACACUGCCCGAUAAAUGGAUUGAAUGUCCAGCGUGUUUUCGUGCAUUCGAUUUUCCGAAGAUUCUGCCUUGUUAUCACUCUGUGUGCCUCCGUUGCUUACAGAUGAUACAGGGAAAAUUCAACUGUCCGUUAUGUAAAACUCAACACGAAGUUCCUUCUGGUGGUUUGGAACUUUUGCCAGAUAAUCGUCUUCUGAAUGAUUUAAUUGAACAUUCAUCGGCUGAAAAACUGUUGGAAUCGUCACGGGAAUGCGGCGUGUGCUCUGGCAACACAGCACCUAAAUCGGGCAGGUCACAUCGCGGUAAAAAACCAAACAAGUUUUGCACAAUUUGUCGUAGAGCGCUCUGCAGUGACUGUGAAGAUGUACAUAAAAAAAUACCGAUAACCAAGGCACAUAUAACGAUGCCUAUAGUAGAGUAUCGUAGAACCAUCCUUAAAGAAUCUCCUCUCAUCAAGUCGAAUUAUAUUACGUGUCACCGCCAUCCUAAUGAAAUUCUAAAGCUGUACUGCAGAGAUUGUGAUUAUCCAAUAUGCGAUACUUGUGUAGCUAAGGAUCACACCGAUCACACUCGUGAAAAGAUUGGCGACGCAAGGGCCAGAAAAGAAGCUGAACUUGACUUGAAAAUAAAAAGAGCAACUGAUUUAAAAACGAAUUUAGAUGGAAUUAUGAAACAUUUGAAUGAAGAAAGUACAUCUCUUGAGCUGAAGGUGGAAGAGGUAGCGAAACAAAUAAAAACCCGUUCUCAUGUUCUCGUGACCGAUUGUAGUCAAGUCAUUGAAAAAAUGAAAAAAGAUCAAUCUACCCUAUUUCAAGAAAUAUCUUCGAUGUUCAAAAAUAGAAGUGAUGCUUCCACAGAGAGUCAGAAGACGCUGUGUGAUAGCAUAGAUAAACUAACAAAGUGCAUCAAUGCUGCGGAAAGGUUGCAGCAGGAUGGCCAAGGUGCUGGAUUCUUGUAUAUGGUUAAGCAAAUAAUACAGGAAAUUAAGGAAACAAUGGAGAAUUAUAAUUUCUCAACUGGCAUUAAGGAUUAUAGAUUCAUUCCCAAUCAAACGGAUUUAUCCCAAAACAUAUCAGCGGACAACCUGGGCAGACUUGUCAUUUAUUAG